GUACUGCACACAAAAAGCAUUUUUGACAGUACUGAAUACACACAGCGCUAGCUAAGAAUGGAGGAGUUCGAGCAGCAACAGGAGCAGGAUCAGACAUAUACUGCUUCACUUUCAUCUCUACGUCUGAAUUACGACGUGUUUCUAAGUUUUAGAGGCGAAGAUACUCGAGAAAACAUCACAAAAAACUUAUACAACGCCUUAUACUCAAAAGGCAUCCGAGUUUUCAUAGACAAUAAGGGAUUAACGCAGGGCGAUGAGAUCGCACCUGGUCUUAUAGAGGCAAUCAAUGACUCUGCUGCAGCAGUUGCUAUCAUUUCCCCGAAUUACGCUUCCUCGAGAUGGUGUCUCGAGGAAUUAGCUAAGAUAUGUGAGCUAGGAAAACUUGUUCUUCCUGUGUUUUAUCGAGUUGAUCCGUCGGAUGUUCGGAGGCAGAAAGGGCCAUUUCUGAAUGAUUUUGAGAAAUUGGAGGGAAGAUUUGAAGUGGAAAAGAUGGUGAGAUGGAGAAAUGCCAUGGAAAGAGUUGGUGGUAUCUCUGGUUGGGUUUACAAUAAUGGUGACGAGUCACAGUUGAUUCAGUCUUUGGUGAUAAGAGUUUUGCAUGAAUUAAGCAAGUCCCCAAUGGCUGUAGCUCCAUUUCUUGUUGGAAUUGAUUACAGCUUGGAAGAACUCAUUAGACAGUUGGAUGUCAAGCGCAAUGGUGUCAAAAUCUUGGGGUUGCAUGGAAUAGGAGGAGUUGGUAAAACAACUCUUUCUAUGGCUCUUUACAAUAAACUUGCUUGUCAUUUUACACACAGGACUUUUAUCUUGAAUGUUAAGGAAAUAGCUGCUCAGCAAGGCAUUAUGUCCCUUCAGAAGAAAAUCAUACAGGGCCUUUUCCCAAGCAAGGCGCUCUCCUUCUCCCCUGAUAAUGCACAUGAGGGAAGAGUAAAGUUCAGACGAAUGCUUCGAGAAAAGCGCAUCCUGCUGGUCUUAGAUGAUGUUGAUGAUGUAAACAUACUAAAGGCACUAAUUGGGGGGGGGAAAUUGGUUAUUUGA